AGCGCCAUGCCCGAUAACAGCAAUAAGUUCAGCGCCUCCAGCGAUGUCCGCAUUCCGGCCUGGAUCAAUGAGACCUACUUCAAGCGGCUGCUCAAGCGCGAGUUUCGCGAGUUCCGUCGCAUCCUCAACCUAUCCAUCAUCCCGGCCACGCCGCCCGGGGAAACCUACACCUCGCUGCUGAUGCGCAUCGUCAUCGACAUCGAGUUGAAAGAUGGAUUCUCACAGCAAAAGUCGUACAUAGUAAAGACCAUGCUGGACGACGCCCAGGGAAAUGGUGGAUUCGUGAAUACCCUCAACAUAUUUCCCAAGGAGAAGAUGAUGUACGAGACGAUUAUACCCAACUUGGAACAGCUCUACGAGGAGGCUGGACUGAGUGUUAAGUUUGCACCAAAGUGCCACCAUGCGGAGGACAUCAAGGGAAGGAUCUGCCUGGUGCAGGAGGACUUGCAAACGAAAAAGUAUCGAAAUAUCAAUCGCCUUAAGGGCUUCGACAUGGCGCACAUGCAACGAGUGCUGGAAAAAUUGGCGGAAUUCCAUGCAGCUGGUGCCGUUUGGCGUCAGCGUAAAGGACCAUUUCCCGAUGAUUUUCAGAGGAUAUACCUACCCGCCAACUACCAGAAAUCCAAGUCGUAUCAGGCGAGGCUCCAGAGCUACAAAACUGCGAUGGCCAGUUGGGGUCUCGCCGAUCACGAGCAGUAUGUGAGUCGCAUUCCAACGGCCGAUCAAUUUGUGCAAUCCUACGCCCGCUGCUUCAGCAACAAUCCGCAGGAGUUUAAAGUGCUAAAUCACGGUGAUUUUUGGUCCAGCAACAUAAUGCUAAGCUAUACUCAAUCUGGUGAUAUCAACCAGGUGCGUUUCGUGGACUUUCAACUGUGCAAGUGGGGUAGUCCGGCUCAGGAUCUCUGGGAACUUAUCAUAUGUUCGGCACGGCAUAGUAUACGAAUACAGAACUUUGACUACUUCAUCAGGAUUUACCACACACAUCUGGUGCGAUGCCUAAAGAUCCUCAAAUACGGCGAACGAAUGCCGAUGUUGAGGGAGAUGCAUAUGAGCAUGAUCAAGUACGGAUUUUGGGGUUACUUUACCACAUUCACGCACCUGGUGUUCAUCCUGCUGCCACCGGAUACGGAAGCCAGCUUGGUAAAGCUCACGCAGCCGGGGGAGGAGGGGGAUCGCUUCCGGUCCAAGGUCUACACAAAUCCACUCUACGUUCGCUCUGCCCUCAGCAUAUUCCCCUUUUUGUAUAGACGCGGUAUCCUAGACUUUUGAAGCUGUUCAAGUCAGUAACUAGUAAAAUCGAAAAUAAGUCUUUGAACUUUUGUUAAAGACUAAAAAAGUUAUUAAGCAAUGAGAUUUAUUUAUACUUUCAUUACUUACUCAAUCUCGCUUAGACUGUUACUCCCUUUAGAUUACUAAAGAUGAUUUCAACUAUCAAAACUAUUAAGAGAAUAAAGCAUGUAUGUCUUCAACACGUAAAAAUCUAAAAAUAAAUACUUAACAAAGUUGAUCCGUUCUAGAAAAUUUGUUGCUGUAAAACCUAUAGAAUGAACACCUUGGAUAAAAGCCAACUCAUGCUUAUCACAACAGGUGCCUGUAUUCAGAUCACGUUUUAUUUAUUCCACAUACAUAGCAAAACAAGUAAAACAUC